UAUUGCAUUGUAUCAAUUAGCUUCCUACUCUCUAUGGUUGCUUAUAUCUUAAUCUUCGACCGACCUAAUAAUACAGAAAAACGACACCAAUGGAUUCCUCUCCAAAACCCAAGUCUCUUUCCACUAAUCUUUACUUUCUUUUCCUCCUCUUGUCUACAAAUCUACUCACCUUGUUCCUAUCUUCCACUCUUUACUCUUCUUGCUCUCUCAGAUUUCUUACUUCAACCGCUGCAACCAAUGGCAGUGAUAUUGGAAUCAGUGUCUCAGAUUUGUCUAUGUCUGAACCCUCUCAACCAUUGCCACAAUCUGAUGAGUUCCUUAGGUUUGUUUCUGGACAGUCACUCCCAUUUGGGUUCAACACAAAUUUUGGUUCUGACACCAUGUAUUCUCCAGUGGGACGCGCCUGCACACUCUUCUCAGAUGAACUCCGACGUUACAUGACAUACAAAGUUAAUGGAUCAUGUCCGGACGACGAGCUGCUUGCCCAGAAGCUCCUCCUGAAGGGCUGCGAGCCACUGCCUCGUCGCCGUUGUCGCCCUGCUGCACCACAUCGAUACACCGAACCUUAUCCACUACCAACCAGCCUAUGGACAACACCACCCGAUUCAUCAGUUGUAUGGACAGCUUAUGCUUGCAAGAACUACAAUUGUCUGAUCAAUAGGAAGAGUAAGCAAAAGGGUUUUGACGAUUGCAAGGAUUGCUUUGAUCUUGAAGGUCGUGAGAGAAGUCGUUGGACUUCAAAGAGAAUUGAAAAUGGAUCACUUGACUUUGCUAUCGAUGAAGUGUUAGCGACAAGAAGACCAGGCACAAUCCGGAUCGGGCUUGACAUUGGUGGUGGAGUGGCUACCUUUGCUGUGAGAAUGAAAGAAAGAAACAUAACCAUUGUGACAACUUCCAUGAAUUUAAAUGGUCCAUUCAAUAAUUUCAUUGCCUCAAGAGGGGUUGUGCCUUUGUACCUUAGCAUUUCGCAGAGGCUCCCCUUUUUCGAUAACACAUUGGAUAUAGUGCACUCGAUGCACGUUUUGAGCAACUGGAUUCCAACAACGACGCUGCAGUUUUUGAUGUUUGAUAUAUACAGGGUGCUAAGGCCAGGAGGAUUGUUUUGGUUGGAUCAUUUCUUUUGUACUGGAGAGCAGCUGGAAGAGGUCUAUGCUCCUCUUAUUGAAAGCGUUGGAUUCAACAAGUUGAAGUGGGUGGUGGGCAGGAAGCUUGAUCGUGGACCGGAGCUCAGGGAGAUGUACGUUUCAGCUUUGCUGGAAAAGCCGCUGAACAACUCUUGGUGA